AUGUCCAUGUCUGCCCGUCUUCUCUUCACUCGCGGUCUCAUAAAACCUCACAUCUCCGUCCAGCUCCCCCGUCACACAACCACCACCAGCAGAAUGUCCACCGCAGCAAAGACUCCCGCCGUCCCGCGUCUCAGCGCCAGCCUCCUCCUCCUCAACCCGCGCAACGAGAUCCUCCUCAUCCACCGCCCCACGCACUCCAGCACCUUCCCCAACGCGCACGUCUUCCCCGGCGGCGCCACCUCGCCCGACGACUCUGCCUCCGCCGACCCGCUCAAGCACUGCGCCAUCCGCGAGACCUUCGAAGAGACCGGCCUCCUGCUCACGCACCCGCCGCCGCCGCCGUCGCUCAUCCCCGGCAUCCCCGCCGCGCGGUCCCAGAUCCACUCGGGCGCCCUCUCGUUCGCCGCGUACCUCAAGGCCAACAACCUUACGCCAGCGGUCGACGACCUCAUCCCGUUCACGAAAUGGAUCACCCCCGAGUCGAUGCCGCGGCGGUUUGAGACACACAUGUUCCUGUACCUCCUCCCCGCGGACCACGCCUCCACGGCGGCCGCGCAGCGCCCCACCAGCGACGGCGGCAUCGAAACCCUCUCCGCGCGGUUCAUCACCCCGCACUCUGCGCUCGCCGCCGCGGCCCGCAACGAGCUCGUCCUCUUCCCGCCGCAGUUCUACCUUCUCUCAUCACUGCUGCCAUAUCUCCCCGGCGGAGCAGAAGAAGAAGCGGGGCUAGAGGACCACGUCGCAAAGGUGCGGCGGCGGCGGCGGCGGCUGCUGCGGUUUGCGCGCGGCGACUUUGGGGCAAUGGUGAUGGAGCCGGCGCCGCUGCGGAGGCUGGGCGAUGGCAGGGUUGUGAUGGGGCUGGGGCCGCGCGGGGAUCAGGAGCGGGCGGUGGUGAUUCAGGUGGCGGAGAGGGGGGAGCCGAGGGGGUUGGAGAUGGUGGGGAGGGGGGAGGUGGCGAGGUUGUAG